AUGCCAUCCACAACCUGCCAUCUUCCCAAUGGCCAGACCUUCACUGUGGCCCCCGUCUUUGGCGGGGUUACCUUCAAAUCGAACGAUAUGAACCUGCACCAUUCGGCCUUCCCUCCCGGCUGGACCAUCGUCAUCUACACUCAUCAAUCCGCCAGCGAAAACAGUCAACCGGAUGCGAACAAUGCGGCGUCGACGGCGGAGCACAAGCAAUCAGGCAACCUUGGCGAUCACCAGGAGCCCUGGGAGGUGACGCGUUACACGCGACCGACUUUGCAGGAUGACUGUCUCUACAUAUCCUACAUUGUCAAUCCGCCUAGCACCGACUUCAAGCCUCCCAGCUCGCCGUCCCGUCAGAUAGCCAUGAUGCUCUGGGCCACCCUGUGGUGGUACUUUCACGAACCAGAGCCUGAUCGCCACCUGCGGACAGAUGCCUCGUCGAAGACACCGCUGUCGGGAAAGCCCAAGGGAGACUGGCGCAUCAACAUCAAACGGGAGGGGAUAUUCAAGGGGCGGAAUCUGAUGCAGAAACUGGAACGGAUGGGCCUGAUCGCCAGCGAGGAUUCCUCUGUCGGGCUGGAUCCCGUUUCUGAGGCCUCGGACUGGUCCACGAUGUUUGCGAGUCGGCGGAGUUUCUGGCAGCUUGAUCCGCGCAUUUUCCUGUUCACCCUGUCUCCCAACUCUGCCCAGUUCUCCCAGUUGCUGUCGUCAGGACGAUCGUCUCCCACUUUGCGGGAGUCGACGACCAUGACCCUGGGUGAGUGCAUCUUGUACCAUGCAGCAACCGGUCCUUUCACCUCUGGCAGCCAUCUUCCGACCUACUUUCCACCCGCACCGCCUCAAUACACCUUCACAGACGGAGUCCGGCAUCCGAUCCGUCCGAAGCCCCCUCGGCAGGGUCAGGUGUUCUACAUCCGGUACGUACCCAGCGUGGACCAGUACAUUUCAUUCCGCGUACCGUUUCUGCCGUCUCCGAAAUCCAACCCAGCGGGAUCGGUCUCCUCGCACGCCCAUAGCGCGUCCAUUGCAAGUUUACAAGAACGACUCUUUGCCAACAUGCCGUCGGAUCUGGAACUAUUGCAUAAGUGGAUGAACGAUCCCCGCGUGGAUGCCGCUUGGGGCGAAGCAGGUCCACUGUCCAAGCAAGAAGAGUUUCUGCGCCAGAACCUUACCAGUCGCCACAGCUUUCCGGCCAUCGGGUGCUGGAACGGUCGUCCGUUUGGGUACUUUGAGAUCUACUGGGUGAAAGAAGACAAACUGGGGCGAUAUCUGGGAGGGAAAGUCGACGAUUACGACCGGGGAAUCCAUGUGCUCGUAGGAGAGCAGGAAUUCAGAGGCCCACAUCGAGUAGCCAUCUGGAUAAGUGCAUUGGUGCAUCAUUGCUUCCUUUCGGAUCUCCGGACACAGGCAGUGUAUCUGGAGCCCCGAGUAGAUAAUGAAAAGAUCAUCGACUACCUCCAAAAAGCAGGCUUCUACAAGAAAGGCGAGGUUAGCUUUCCGCAUAAGCAAGCCGCUGUGAUGAAAAUCAAGCGUGAAUUCUGGGAGGCCCCGGUUCUAUAG